GGGUCCUUCCUUAACAUUCAACGUAGCUUUUGAAACCGGAAGUGAUCUGCUAGGUGUUGCUAGCAAGAGCCAAAGUUAUUUCCGUUUAAGCAGUUAAUUUCAGGUUGCAAAAUGCUGUCUAUAUUCAAGUCCAUUCCUACGCACAUGGAUUAUAAGGGCCAGAAGCUGGCUGAGCAGAUAUUCCAAGGAAUUAUACUAAUCUCUGCGGUGAUUGGAUUCGUUUAUGGGCUGAUUAUUCAGCAGUUUGGUUGGACCGUGUACAUCGUAUUGGCUGGAUUUGCAGUGUCCUGUCUGCUGACCCUGCCACCGUGGCCUAUGUACAGGAGGAACCCUCUGCCCUGGCAGCCGGUCGUAUCGGAAGCCAGCGGGGAGCCUAACCAAAAGCCUCAGGACAACAUCAAGAGAAAGAAGCAUAAUAAAUAACUCCACUCUUCCCCCUUUGGCCAUGGAUUACAAUUGUUUUGGGGGUUUUUUUUAUAUGGAAAAGUGAAAUUUGUCCUAUAAUUUACAUUCAGUUUAAAAUCAUUCAUAAUACGUCAUUAAAAAUAUAAAAAAAA